AUGCACCUUUCGUUUUGACUUUUGUGGUACGUGUUAGGUGAUGAAGCAGAGACCAUAAGAACUCGAAAACGUGGAACAUUUAUCAGUUGUAUCGGAGCUCCAAGUCUCGACUUUCAUACUCUCACACACAAACAGAAAAAAUGGCUGAGGGAUCAUCUGGAACCAAACCUGCGAAGAAGCUCGUCGAAAUUGAUAUAAUUUCGGAUACUGUAUGCCCAUGGUGCUUUGUGGGCAAGAGGAAUCUCGACAAGGCUGUGGAAGCAUCCAACGGUCGAUAUGACUUUAGGAUUAGAUGGCACCCUUAUCAGCUUAAUCCUAAUGCCCCUAAAGAAGGUCUUGAUAAGAGAAAGUACUAUGAGCAAAAAUUUGGGUCUGAUAUGUCUGCAAAAAUGGGCAAUAGGAUGUCAGAGAUUUUCAGAAGCCAUGGCCUUGAAUAUGACCUGUCUGGACUCACGGGAAAUACUCUAGAUAGUCACAGGCUUAUCUACUUUGCCGGGCAGCAGGAUCUUGCGAAGCAACAUGAUCUUGUUGGUGAGCUCUUUCUCGGGUACUUCACACAGGCAAAGUACAUUGGGGACAGGGAAUAUCUUCUGGAAUGUGCUAGGAAGGUUGGUGUAGAAGGAGCAGCAGAGUUUCUUGAAGACCCCAACAAUGGCCUAAAUGAGGUUAAAGAAGACCUUAAUAAGUACUCGGGCAGCAUAAACGGAGUCCCACAUUUCGUGAUUAAUAAUGGAAAGCAAGCAUUGAGUGGUGCUCAACCGCCUGAGAUUUUCUUGAAAGCUUUUGAAGUAGUAACAAAGUGAUACGGGCCGCACAUCAACAAGCAUUGCUCUCUAUGAUCUCCAAUAAGAAUGCAACCUCAGAAAUAUGUAUACUAAGCGAUUUCGUUCUGUGAAACAGUCUUGUUUCUUAUGUUUUUCAGAGUGUGAGUCGUCAGGAUCAUUGAAUAGGUGAAAUCAUGUGCGGUAUUGAUUUACUGUCUUAUAUACCGAAGUUCCCAGAUUUGCGUUUUCCUAUCCAGAUAUUGUUUUUGUUAUUAU